AUGUCUGGAAAUUACAAAUCUGCUCAUAAAGUUAACAUUGUAGGUGAUAACUAUGGGUCACGUUAUGGGACUUCUAUUUACAAAAACUUAUAUGGUGAUACAAGAAAUAGUUCCAAAUCUUUAUUCUCCAUGAGUGCAGGCUCAGGUAGAGCCUCUCCUGCUACAAUUACAUCAAAUAAAGCGAAGAAAGCUGCUAGAGUGAUUCCAGUUCCUACAACAACAUUAAAACAGGUCACUGGUCCAUCCGGAUCGGCCUCUAGUACUUCCUUGACUAAAAUUAGUGAUAAGCAUGACGGUGCUUCGACCGAUACAAUGUCGAUCAAUACUGAGACAUCAAGGAAAUCGAAAAUUAAGAGGAAAUAUAAAUCAUUAUUGAGUUCAUCGUCAAAGAAGUUGAUGAAUAAAAUAUAUGACCAUCAUCCAUCUUCAGAUACUUUUUCAAUUUUCUCAAAUAAAACCUCACAUUCUCAAAGAAGUCAUUCCACUACACACAAUGAUUUUAGCUCCAAACCUAUCGCCACAGUAAACUUCAACAUUGCAGAUACUCCUUUGGCUACUAUUAACGAAUUACCAGUCGAAAUCAUAACCCAUAUUAUAUCUAAUAUAAACGACAACCAAAUAUCAGUCGUCAAAUGUUUGUACGUCUCUAAAAAAUUCUAUGAAGCAGCCAAAGUUGUUCUGUAUGAGAAUCCCUUUUUCACAUCCACUUAUCGUGUUGCCCAAUUUGUUACCUCUUUGAGAUUGAACACAGAAAAUGGACAUUACGUUAAAAAUCUAGAUUUGUCUCAACUGAAAAGUGGUAUCAUCACACAAGGUAAUAAUCAAGAUAAAUUUUCCAAUUCCGUUCAUACCGCAACGGAAGAGAGAACGAAUGCAAAUACCAGUAAUAAUAACACUGCUUCGAAUGCCUCUCUUGAUCCAAACACUACUAAUACUAACAAUGAAAUAACUCAGGACAUUGCUUAUGCAAGCUGGAGAGAUUGGAGACAUAGAAAUGAUCCAUUAUAUAGUGCCCCAUUACUUAAUAGUUACAAUUUGAAAAGAGUCAAUUCUCGUUCAUCAUCAAUUCACUCAACUUCUUCCAAUGGUAAUACAUCAACUGUUUCUUCCAAAAAUUCUAGAUCGAGACAUAGAUCAAAUAGUUCUGUUUCCUCAUUUACUAGCAGUAUCAUGUCAUCAUUACAAAAUAGUACCAUCACCCAACCAAACCCAACUAAUAACAACUCUCCACUUACUUCUAUUCAAAGAAUGCGUAGUGCAAGUAACGUUAACGAUAAUUCCAUCGAUCCUAUACGUGUUCAGCGUACUAUUUCAAAUAAUAGUGCUAAAGACCCAAACUCUGUUUCAAACAAUAUUUCUUGGUUUAGAAUGAGAUUAGGAUCAAGACAGAAGAAAGAGUUGGUAAGAUCAAGGAAAAACAGUGUUAUAUCAAGUACCAUCAAUGAAAUGGAUGAUAAAAAACAAACGAAAAGUAUCUUGGAAACGAAUAAUAAUACUACUAGUAAUAAUAACAAUAAUAAGAGUAAGGAAAAUAUUACAUCUCCCUCACCAAACCUCCAAUUAAAAGUCAAAAUUGAAGAACCCUUCAAAACACGUCAUCCAUAUACAAACAAAUUUUUAUUGAAAUAUGCCCCAUAUCGUGAUUUACCAUUAGGUUAUAUUCUUCAUUUAUUAAAAUCAUGUCCAAAUUUAACUGGAUUGAAUUUAUCUAAUCUGGUGUUAUUCACAGAUUUCCAAUUAGUUACAGAUCCGAAGAAGAAAACAAAGAGAAGACAAAGUUCUUCAUUACUAUUAUUACCAACUGUAGAAGAAGGUAUCUUAAAUCACAAGGAAAGAGAUCUAGAGACCGUUUAUAUGACAGAUUCUAGUAAGAACUAUGAAUAUUAUGAAAACUUAAUGAAUCAAAAGAAUGAAAGAAGAUCAUCGAUGUUUACCAAUAGUAGUAAUCCAUCUCAAUGGAUGCGGUCUCAUUCGACUGUAAAUUGGAACGAUAACCCAUUACCAAUUGAUGGUCAAACUAAAUUAAGAGAAGAAUAUAAAAAUAACAAUUUAAUUAAUAAUGAUAUUCAAUUAAGGAAAUUAAAUCCUUGUGAAAUCUUUGAAAUUAUUACCACCAGGAAUGUUGAAAGGAACAACCAAUUGAAAAGGAUUAAAAUGGAUGGCGUUGUUUGGUGUAGACAAUAUAUGAUCAAAUAUUUUAUCUUAAACACUUUUGAUAACUUGGAAUUUGCUCUAAUCAAUGAUACCAAAAGAACCAAAAUAUCAAACCAAGCUACCUCAAAUCCAUCAUUUGAUUUUAGUUUCACAAAAUCUGGGUUAAAUAGAAACUUUGCAUGGGCUUGCAAGGGUGAUUUAUUUGAUUUUGUUAGUUUGAUUGUAUUGGAUGAUUUAUUAGGACGUGAUGAUUUAGAAUUAGAAGAUUUAUUUAGAAUCAAAAAGGAAAGAUUAGUAGAAAAAGAAAACUUGAAUAGAGAUCCUGAUGUGUUGGAAGUUUCUGAGAUAUUCGAAAUUAAUUAUGGUAAGAAUUCAGAAGACCAAGAAACGAUGAAUUUCAGAUUAACUAUUUUGAAGAGUGACAACCAAACAACAUCCAGAGUUAGAAAAAUCACUCCAACAAAUGUUUCCUUAGUGGUUAAUCUAAAUUCUAACGAGGACUUCAUUCCUCGUACUUCAUCAAAUAAUAUAACUGAAGAUACUCUUCCAGAAGCUGUAAGAAGAGUGCAUAAUCUGACUAACGAAUUAGUUAGUAAGAUUCGUGAUUUAAGAAGCUCUGAUUUAAGAAGGAACAUCGGUGAAAAUAAUUAUAUCAGGGAAAGAGUAAUGUAG